CGCAGUAGAAGCGCGGACGGACACACACUUUGGCUUCUACUGUAACGGGUGUUUCUGACCGAACUGGCAACCCGCAGUGCCGGGGCAGGUCCUGCACUCCGCGUCUCCAAGAGUCCGGAGGCUGGUGUCUCGGGUGGGACAUUUGUGGGAAAGCCCCCGAAAGAUCUGCACGUCCAAGGAGAACCUGCGUGGGAGCGCACAGGCAUUUCUUUGCAUUUUGGGUGGGUGGUUCCUCCUUCUGAACCCCGGUGACCGUCUCGCAGUUUGUUGGACGUGGACAACGCCCGAGGAUUCAUUCGGAUUAUUAGGGUCUUUCUUUUUUUUGGAGAUGUGGCGAGGUGGCGAAAACUUUGCGCCGAAAGACUUUCCUUCAUUUCGCCCGAGGGCUGAGGAGUUAUUACAAAGUUUAGGGACGUGUGUCUAACAGAUGAGCUCCGCUCCCCGGGACCUCCUGGGAUUACACUCGUAAACGGAAGCGUCGCCGAGAUGAAGUUCGGGAUUUAACUGUCAAAACAAACUCUCCCUCGUAUUCUUCUGUCACUGGGAGCGCGCGGUGGAAGUGGAUCUCCUCGGCGGGAGACAUGCUCUGAAACACCCGGCUGGCAGACUGCUGUGAGCCGAUCACUGCUCGCACCUUCAUGGCCUCAUCUGGAAUUCAUUGAUUAAUAAAAGAAAAGAAAAGAGAGAAGAAGAAAAAAAAAGAAGAAGAGGCGCCGCCAGCAGCACCGAGGCUCCGCCGCUGGAUCGUUGUCUCCGAACCCCGCGGUGCGUGUUCGGACCGACGCCUUCGCCAGGAUGCGGGGGGCUUUCGUUCUCACUUUGGCUCUGGUGUAUCUGUUAACUUUGACGAGCGAGGCCGAGGAAUCGACUCAGCUCGGGCGGGCGCGAUUACCCCGACGCGCCAGCCCGGGCGCAACGGAGAGGAAGCGCCCCGUCCGACGCAACCACGCCGGGUUCGGUUCGAUGGUCGCCGCGCUCGAGGUGGAGGAGAAAGGUGUGCCGGCGGACGAGAGUCUCCCGGCGUCCGUCAGGAGGGACCCCGUGCGGGGCGACAGAGAGGGAGUUCGCCGGAGAGGGGUGGCCGGACAGAUCGGUCUGCCCCGCCGGCCGAACACGCUGCGGGACGAGGGCGCUCCGGGAGCGAGAGCCCGGGUCACCCGGAUGCCCAACGGCGCCGGGUCACCGAACCUGCUGGCCAGCUUCGCCGGGAGGAACCGCGUCCUGGUGAUCUCGGCGCCGCAUGAUUCCGACGGCUACUACCGACUGAUGAUGUCUCUCCUGAAGUCAGACGUGUACUGCGAGCUCGCCGAGCGACACGUCCACCAGGUUGUCAUGUUCCAUCAGGAGGGAGAGAUGGGCGGCAAGGUGAGGAGGAUCACCGCGGAGGGGAAGGUGAUGGAAGAGCCGCUGGACACGGCCCUCAUCCCCAGACUCAUGAGCUUCCUCAAGCUGGAGAAAGGUAAGUUCGGGAUGGUGCUGCUGAAGAAGACCCUGCAGGUGGAGGAGAGGUACCCGUACCCCGUGAGGCUGGAGGCCAUGUACGAGGUCAUCGACCAGUCGCCCAUGAGGAGGCUGGAGAAGCUCAGACAGAAGGGCUUCGUCCAGAAGUGCAGAGCAGCAGGUGUGGAGGGCCAGGUGGAGGAGGGCACACUCGCAGAGACACCUGUAGAAAUAAAACCAGGGAAGAAGAUCCCAAGAAAGCCCACAACCACAGCUGCCACCACCACAACAACUACAACUACGCGGCCAACCCCAUCAACCACCACCACCACUACGACCAGGCCCACCACUACGACCAGGGCCACCACUACAACCAGGGCCACCACUACGACCCGGGCCCCCACUACGACCACCACAACCAGAGCAACCACAACAACAAGCACAACAACCACCACCAAACCAACCACAACCAGAAGAACCACCACAAAGCGACCUACCACCACCACCACCACCACCCAGAGACCCACCAGAGCCCAACCCACAGCCCCGUGGCUCCCAGCCCCCAGAACCACCGCCGACCCGCACCGCUACGACCGCAGAGAGAAGGCGACGUACCCGGCCAAAACCACCCCGGCUGGGGAGAACCGCACCGACAGGGACGACAGAGAGCCACCCGGCCGCAGGCCCCCCAAGACCAAACCCACCAAGAGGAGGAACGGGGCAGAGAAGGUGCUGACGAAUGAGUACGAGGACAAGUACGAAGCGGGGGGGGCGACCGCCGGUGAUCCGGAGGAGGCGGAAACCUUCACCGACAUCAGCCCCACCAAGAAGGUCAAGGCCAAGCACGACAAGAAGAAGAAGAAGGCCGACAAGGCCGCCAAGAAAGCAGAGAGGAGGGGAGGAAAGGCCGGAAAGAUCGGAGGCAAGAAGAAUGGAAAGAAGCCGUCCAAGUACCCAGAGAAGGAGGACUACCCGAAGACCACUAAGAAGCCCACGCCCCCUCCAAAGGGGUCUCUGGCCUCCUUCCUGGACCACUUUGAAAACAGGAGGAGGCUGCUGCUCAUCACGUCCCCCGGCGAGGAGAGCGCCAUGUACGUCCAGCAGCGGGACGAGUACCUGGAGUCCGUGUGUGAAAUGGCCAUCAGGAAGGUCUCCAUCAUCACCGUCUUUGGCUCCCUGACCAACUCCACCAUGAAGAUUGACCACUACCAGCUGGAAAACGACAAGCCCAUGAAGGGUCUUCGUCAGGAGGACUUGGUGAACCAGGACCUGAUCACAGAGCUGAGGAAAGAGUUCGGCAUGACCUACGACGACUUUUACAUGGUCAUCUCCGACGUCGACAUGAGAGUCAAGCAAUCCUACGAAGUUCCCAUCGCCAUGAAGGCCGUGCUGAACUACGUCGACACCUUCUCCUCCCGCAUCCGCGAGAUGGAGCAGCAGAAGAGGGACGGCAUCGUCUGCAAGAAAGAGGACAAGCCCAGAUCGCUGGAGAACUUCCUCUCCAGGUUCCGCUGGAGACGCCGACUCUUCAUCAUCUCCGCCCCCAACGACGAGGAGUGGGCCUAUCAGCAGCAGCUCUACGCCCUGACCAGCCAGGCCUGCAACCUCGGUCUGAGGCACAUCGCCGUUCUGAAGCUGACCGGCACCGAGCUGGCGGAAAUGGGCGGAGUCUUGGAACUCUAUCCGAUCAAUGGGAGCGCCACCGUGGAGCGCGAGGGGCUGUCGGGCCACCUGGUGAAGGACAUGAGGAACUACUUCCAGAUCAGCCCCGAGUACUUCUCCAUGCUGCUGGUGGGGAAGGACGGCAACGUCAAGUCCUGGUACCCGUCGCCCAUGUGGUCCAUGGCCAUCAUCUACGACCUCAUCGACUCCAUGCAGCUGCGCCGGCAGGAGAUGGCCAUCCAGCAGUCGCUGGGCAUGCGCUGCCCCGAGGACGAGUACGGCGGCUACGGCUACCACCAGCACGGCUACGAGGACGGCUACCGCCAGGGCUACGGUUACUGAGGCCCCCCCCGCCUCCCAUCCUCCCUACGAAGGCAGACGGGUCAGGUUCCUGGAAUGUUCUGCAGCACUUAGUGAAAAGCCUCAAAAAGUCCGGACGGUUGAUGCACAGUUCGACCAGUCGGUGAAUGCGAGGAGGAGCCUGGAGGUUCAGAGGCUCGGGGCGUUUUGCACGUUAAUCACAUCAUCGGUCUCCUUCGCUUGCCUUCCAGGGUGAAUUUUUCUAUUUUCCUUUUAUAAGCACACUUUUACUUUGUAGAUAAUGAGCUAAAACAAGACAUUCAUGUAUUUAUUGGACAUCGGUUGAAUUUUAGGUGCAGUCAUCAAUUGUUUUAUGAAAAGAAGCGGUCCCAUUUAUUUCUCUUUUGUAAAGUUUCUGUUACAAUACAAAGUUCUUAUUUAUACUCCAUUGUGCUAUAUGACAAAUAAACAUUUGUUUACUACCAGA